GACUGGGCCCGGCGCGGUCCAGGUGCGCUGCAGGGGCAGUGCCCCGCUCUGAACCGCGUCUCCCCCGUCCUCGCCGCUCCCCGGAGCGGCCCCUUGGGCCGCCGAGCCGAGCCGAGCCGAGCCUUGCCCGCCCGUGUCCGAGCCCCUGCGCUGCCGUGUGCCAGUCUGCGUGUGCUCCAGGGAAAGCCGCCGAAGGAUCAGGUCACGGCUGCAAUGAUUAAAAGCCAAAGUGUCGGGUGGUCUAUGGAUGCUUAAGGAGUGAAAGCAGGAAGCAGUUGUCACAACUCGCCUGUCAAAAUCAAUUUACUAGAUUUUAGUUUUUAAACUCAGUUGUGUGGAAGGUAACAUCCAGUUGAAGAUUAUGGCUCAUCGAUUUUCAAAAGAAGAUUUAGAUGAGCAGUUUGAAGAGUUUCUGAAAGAGUCUCUUUCAGAUGAUUCACUUGGAAAUUCAAAGAAAAAGUCCAGCAUCCUUGAGACAUUGGGACAGCCCAGGGAAAAAGGAAGGAAGAAAAAGAAUUCAAUGCCAUGGUGGAUGUCUGAGGAAGAUUUGGAUGAUGGUGGAAUUCUUGGAGCCAAUGGAAACUUUGCCAAGAUACAGAACACUUCACAGCCUCUGGGAGAAAGCUAUGAGAAUAUGCAUGUGGAAAAGAUGCAGCUUCAGAAAAGUAAUGGGGUUGCUGUCUCCUUGAGUAGCGACAGCCUGGAAAAAAAUGAUUCAGUUUUAGCUUCUGGGCCUAAUCAAAGUAUUAUGGGAGUUGGAUUGGAUACCUUGGAAGAAAAAGAAGAAAAAGAGAUCUUCUUUGCCAAACUUGAACAGGAAGCUUCCUCUACUAUUGAUUAUUCAAGAUUAAAUAAAGAGCUGGAUUCUAAUGAUUCUUUCAUGCUAGCACCAUUUGUACGAAAUGAAAAAACUGAAAAAGGAGAAGAAGAACCCGCAUAUGAAGAGAAAUCUGGUAGCUACAGUGAAGAUUUUGAAGAAACAGAUGAUAAUCCUACCCUUAAAGCUGAGGGAAAUGAAGUGAAUCAAAACAUCAUGUCAGAAGUUGAUUUAAAUCCUCAAGAACAGGAAGAAGCAAACACUGGCAUGCUGGCUAAAGUGGUGUUACUUGAUUCACAAGAUUCAACAGAACUUCAGAAGGCCAUUGAAACAUCAGAUGUAGCUCCAGGCGAACAUGAUCAGCCUGAAGAAGUCAGUGGAAUUGAAAUGAAUGAUGCAGGUACUUCCUGUGGACAAACCACCAGUGACAUUGAAGCGUUACACCAAGCGUAUCAUCAUGUUGAUCAGUCCUUGGGAGACACUGAUGAGCAGAAAUUGCACAAUUCUGCAAUGGCAGUCUCAGAAGGCUUAGGGCAAGGCAUUUCACAAAAUAAUGACAUCUACUCAAAAAACAUGUCAACUGUUGAUUCAGAUUUACCUACUGUGGAAGAAUUGAUGAAAACAAUUAAAGGACAUUCAUGUAAUAUCAGAAGUUUUGAUGUGGAGCCUGAAAGUCCCGUGAAACUGAUAGGCAGCACAGAAAAUGACCUUGUCAGCCACUCACCCUUGGAAGACCCCCAGAGUGAUACAGUUUGGGAGACAAACUUAGUUGAGAAGUUGGACAGAGAAAAAAGCAUCUUUCUACAGACAAGAGUGAAUGAUGAUAACUUUCAGAGGGUGACUGAGAAAGAAACUCAGACCAGUGAAGUACAGCCAAGAGAAAAGGUAGUACAAGACUCUCUGCUUUCACAAGGCAGCAAAACUAAACAAGCUCUUCGGUCUUGUUCCUUGAAGAAUGAAAGAUCAGAAUCAACUAAACCAAUGUCAUACAAUAUCAGAACUCCAGCACCCUUACAUAGAAAGAAACCUUCAUACGGUCCUCAUGGGCUGGUUAGAAGUUCUGGCUAUGGGAAACCCAGUUCUCUCUCAAAACAGUCUUUUCCAGUUAGUGAGAAGAAAACACCAAAAGAAACUUUCAGAAAGACGUGUAUGAAAGCCAAAAGUCCUGCAGAUAGAGCAAAAUCUAAAGAAGCCUUAUUUGCUACUAGGACAAUCAGAUCUGCAACGAAUGAACCAACUUUGGAGAGAAGUAUUAACAGAGUUUUGUCUGGCCAAUCAGUUGUUAAUAGUCUUGGACACCAGGCUGUGGAUUAUCAGAGGCAUGAGUUAUCAUUUUCUCCUAUCAAAAGUUGUGAUAGAGAACUGUAUUUGUUAAAACGAGUACAAGCUGCAGAGGACGACCUGAACACAGCUCGAGAUUUGAUUCAACAACUGUCCAGCAAGGUUUCACAAAAAGAAAAGGAAAUGGAGACAAAGAUAGUAGAAUUGAAAACACAGCAUGAAAAAGAACUUUCUCAUCUGGGUCAGGAAAAUUAUGUUCUUCAGAGUAAGUUAAGAAGCAUGGAAGAGAUGGCUCAAGAAAAGAGAUGGACCCGCCAUACAGCAACAGUUCCUGUAAGUCAAGAAAAACUGGCACAAAUACAAAAAGAAAUUGAAGACCAAGAGGUCAUUAUUCAAGGUUAUCAACAGGAAAAUGAGAGGUUAUACAAACAAAUGAAAGAUUUACAAAUCCAAAACAAAAAAAAUGAGGAACGAAUGUUUAAGGAGAAUCAGUGUUUAAUAUCUGAAUUAAGAGACCUAAGAGAAAAGAUAGAGAAGACUAAUAACCAGUCACGAAUUGUACAGGAUUCUGAACCAGCCAGCAAUCGGAGUUUCACAGAAUUGAUUUCAGAGCUUCGAGCAGCACAGAAAGAAGAAACUAAAUUACAAGAAGAGAUAAGACAUCUCAAACAAGAUAAGCAAGCUCUUGAGGUAGACUUGGUACAAGCAAAGAAGGAGAGAAAUUUAGCAAAAAUCCAGAUUACAUCUGCAUCAAGUGAUAAAUCUUAUGAAUUUAAGGUUAUGGAAGAAUCAUACAAACAGGAAAUUACUCAUUUAAAAAGAAGACUUCAGUGGUAUGCAGAAAAUCAAGAUCUUCUGGAUAAAGAUGCAGCCCGUCUUAAAGAUGCAAGACAAGAAAUUGAGAAACUAAGACUAGAGGUUGAGAAGCUGAGAGCUGAAGCAGGAGAUCAGUGUGUGCAACAGAAGAAACGUUUGCAAGACAGAGCAGCAGAUGCUAAAAGAAUUCAGGAUCUUGAGCGACAGAUCAGAGAAAUGGAAGGAAUUCUAAAAAGAAGGUAUCCAAAUUCUUUGCCUGCUUUGAUUUAUGCUGCUGCUGCUGCUGAGAAAACGGCUAAAACAAACACAGUUGAAUUUUUGGAGAGAAGAAUAAAGAAAUUAGAAACAGAACUUGAAGGUAAAGAUGAUGAAGCUAAGAAAAGUCUCCGUGCCAUGGAACAACAAUUUCAAAAAAUAAAGAUACCGUAUGAGCAAAGACUUGCAGAGCUUGAGCAACUGCUUGCCUAUGAAUUUAUGAGUGAAACACCAAAACUGAAUGGCGAUAAAGCUGGUUCUACAGAACUUCAGCAGGAGCUUCAGAAUCUAAAGAAGACCCAUCAAAUCACUGUUAGAAACCUCCAGACAGAAAUUGAAAAACUUAAAAGUCAAAAUUCCCAAUUAAAACUCAGAAGUAAAAAUGAUAAUAAAGACUUAGAGUGCACAGACUCUAAAAUGAAACAAGGUAACGCAAAAGACAGAUUGUUAAAACUAAAUGAAGAACUGGUCACCAAAAAUAAAGAAAUACAAGACCUAACAAAAACUGUAGAGAAACUUCAAAAAGAAAGGAUGGUGAUGCUGUCUGAUAAUAAUUUGAGAAAUAUAACCAAUAAUAAGGAAAACUGUACAGAAGUCGUGAAAAAGAAUACCUCAGCAACGGAUGAAAGGAAUUCCCACUACAGUGAACCCUUUCUAAGCAUUUUCAAUGAUGACAAAAUAUACCAACCACAUACCUUUUCUGAUUCUCAUCUCUCAGAAGUUCUGAAAGAAAAUGCACAGCUGAAAGAGGAGCUGGAGAGAUUGUCUCUAGAAAUGAGCCAGCAGCGGGUGAAGUCUCAAGCAGCACUGGCUUAUUCUGAAAAUAACAUACGAAGAAUACAGGAGGACACAGCAGAAUACAUUGCAUCUCUGAAAGCUUCCCAUCAGAGGGAAGUGGAGAAGAUUGUUUGCCAGCAUGCAAAGGAGCACUCUACUUCUAAAGUAGCUGAACUAAACAACAGAAUUUCAACACAAGAGGUGUUAAUAAAACAUCUUCAAGAACAAAUCAGUGAACAACAGAGACAUCAGGAAGCUCUUUUAGUUUCACAGAUACGAGAGCAACUCCUACAAAAAGAGGUGACAAAAUUGUUGGAAGAACUGAGAGAGGCUAAGGAGAGCCAGAGUCCUGAAAUGAAACAUUUCUUGUGCCUGGAAAAGAAAAUCAAGCAUAUAGAGACCAGACAUGCAGAAAGAGAGCAAGAAAUUCAAAAGGCAACCCAAGUAACACAUCAUGUUACUGAAGCAAGGCAAACCCAUGAGGCUCAGAAGUGGCGAAGACUGGCACAGCAGAAGAAUCAAGAACUGGAGAAAUUUCGAGUGGAAUUGGAUUCAAUGUUAGAUGUUUUACGUGAACUGCAGAAACAAGGGGUUGUUAUUCCUGCACCUGAUUCCAGUGGAUUCAGAAUGACGGACAGCUGCUGGAAGACAUGAUUAGGUAGUAGUUGAUUAGAGAAGUAGAAUUUUAAUAUUCAAAGUUAUGUGUAGAAAGUGUUAUUGAAAAUCAUUAAUGUAACACACAUAAAUUGAAUUGCAUUCUGAUCUUAUCUAUAGUCGUGCAUGUCCAAAGGUAGAUUUGCAUGGAGUAAUACUCCAGUCAUUUUGUAUGUCUUAUAUUUUGUUAGUAAUAAAGUUACAUACAAUUUAUUUUAAAUAAUAGGAAUAUUGAGGUUAUUCCAUAAAUUCAGUUACCACUGAAAAAUUCCCUUUUUCAGAUACUGUACUACAUGGCUGAAUAUUUUUAACCUAUGUUUAUAACUUGUGUUAUUGUGAUUCCUUUGUGAACAAUUUGAGUAACUAGCUCAACUACUGAGUAACUAUUUGUAUGUUUAGUAUAUAAUGAAUUUCAUUCUGUAGGGCAGGAAAAUCAUCUUUUUCCAGCAUUUUGCUUCUCUCCCUCCAAUUCAUAUAAUAUUCCUUCCCUUCUCUUUAAAAUCCCUUCCAACUUAGUGAAUGAUUGGAGGGCUGGAGCAGAGCAGACAUUCCCUGGUGAUGCUCAGAUUCAAACUGUUCUUUGUUUACUUUUCUGGUAUUUCCAACUGUGCUGGUCAGAAUGAUGGCAGAGUGGGUCUAGCUGAAUUGUUAGGGGGCAGAUUUAAAACAGGCUAUAAAAUACAGUGUGAGUAGUCACUGGUAUCCCUUUUAAAAGGGAAGGCCAUAUUGAUAAGGUUUUUACAAUGGGCUGUUCAGAAUCUGACAUAGCAAUAUCUUUAUAGACAAUCUUGACAGACCAAAGAGGCCAGUCAGAUGUGAAGACAGUGUGCUAAAGCUCAGACUGCAGGGAUGUGUCAGUGGGCAAAUUUAGAGUCAAAAUACUGAGCAACUUACAAAAGGGGCCAGAGAAAAAAAUCCAACGAACUACUAUUGUCCUUGAGAGUGACAAAAGAGACAAGUAUGCUUAAGCAGGAGUAAUCCACUACCCAAAUACCAAAUGUGGAUGUAACUUUCUGCUGAACUGACAGGCAUCAUGGUAGGUAACAAGCAAUGUUAGAGACUAUUGCCUUCUCCCUCUUCUCAGGCCCUGCUGGAGUUACACACCUGUGCUGUAGAGCAAGUACAUAGAAGCAAUUCCUGCUGCAUCACCAAAGUGUACCUUCGUGUGCUAAGCUUUUGGUCUCCCAUUUCAAGAAAUGGACCCAAUGGAGGGAAAAGAAAAAUCAUCCCACUAAAAAAUGUAGCCUUAGGAAUCUCUGAAGCCACAGGGGCUGCCCUGUUCCUGAGAGGAGACUGGGGAGGGAAUAUGAGCAUAGCUAUUAUACUUGAUAUAUAUGAAAAACUGCUGCUAAAAGGAAGAAGCAAAGUUAAAAUAAAGAAAAUUCAAGAUAGCUAUUUGGUGGUUGGAAGGGAUGGAUGUCCAAUAAAUCAGUAAAUUAUUAGUUUGAAGUUUCAGUGCUGCAAGUCCUUAAGAAUCCCAUAGCACAUAUAUUGAGGUUGUAGCUCAAUCAACUAUACUCAUUUAGGGCAAAGAGAAGAUAAAAGCUAGAAUGUACUCUUCAGGUCCCUGUGGUAUUGGUUGAAGCUAUCAUUUAAAUCAAAUGUGAAAUAGUUCAGGCCUGUGCAUGUGUAUUUAUGUGUCAUGUUCUUCAGGGACCAGCAGUAAACAUGCACUUUCUCUCAUACAAGCAUGGGACUGAGCAUGCAUAAGAACAGCAGAGUGUAACAAAUUAUACCCAAGUGCAAGGUUUAUUAUUUUUUUUGGCCCAUACACAAACAUGAGACUGUGUACAUGUAUAUAUAGAUAUUAAAAAAGUUUGGCCAGUUGCCAAUUAAUAUAAUAAUCUUGUGUUUUUUCCUAUUCAGAUAUUUUCAGUAUUUCUACUAUUGAUAUUUUGAUCCUAUCUAAAAAAUACUAGUGUAUGUUCAUAAAAUGUGUAAAUAUAAUAAUGUUUUGUAUAUAAAAUAUCAGCUCUGUGUAAAUACACUGUAUUUUAUUGAUUUGAGCCUGUUUUGCAAAUGAAAAGGAUAAAAUUGAAUAAUAUUGCAACUUACCAUUCCUGUACAAUUUGCUAUACAUGUAAGACUGUAUUAAAGUGUGUGACCUGAA